AUGGUGCAUCUUAGCGACGCCGAGAAGGCUCUUGUCAAUGGCAUUUGGUCCAAGGUGGACGUAGAUAAACUCGGUGGUCAGGCUCUGGGCUGUCUGCUGAUUGUAUACCCAUGGACUCAGAGGUUCUUUGACUCCUUUGGGGACCUGUCCUCUGCUGAUGCUAUCAUAAAAAAUCCCAAGGUGGCAGCCCAUGGCAAGAAAGUAGUGAACUCCUUCAGUGAGGGCAUGAAGCAUCUUGACCUUCUGUCCAACCUCGAUCACUCUGCCAGCCAAAUUAAUGUGUCUUAUCUUUCUCCUCAGCUCCUGGGCAACGUGAUAGUGCGUGUGAUAGCUCGCCACCUUGGAUCCGAAUUCACCCCACAGGCACAGGCUGCUUUCCAGAAGGUGGUGACUGGUGUGGCCAACGCCUUGGCUCACAAGUACCACUAA